AUGGGGGUCUAUUGCCCUUGGUUUCAUACCAUAGGUCAUUUUAGGCUUUUCAUUCGACAUCGUAGCGAGGUUCAGAGGGGAUUGAUAGUAUUCCAAUAUGAAGCAAACCACCCACCAAACUCAAUCUCUUAUAUCCUAAUCGCCCAUAUGGGUACUGCCAAUAACAAGUGGUCGAACAUUACCGGACGUCCGAUACUGAAGCAAGAUAGAAGCCUAACCAAGAGCCCAGUAUUGGGAAAGAGACAGACCGACGACGGCAAUGAUAAGAAUCUGGAAAAGAAGGAAGGCAGGGGAGCAAUCGAAAGGGUGAAUCAUGGCUCCAAAGGGGUCGUGACAGAAAUUAUGAAAUUAGUCGACUGA